AUGCAUAUGAGGUGUAGUGCUUAUAUGAUCAACUUGAUAGUUAAGGAGGGUUUGAAGAGAUUAGAAAGCUCAAUUGUGGCAAUCCGUAAUGCGGUCAAGUUUGUGAGGUCCUCACCUUCUCGGUUGAGUUACUUCAAAAUGUGUGUUGAGACGGAAAAAAUAGAGUGCAAGGGGUUAGUGGAAGAGGAAGGAGAUGACGAGAGAAUUGAAGGCAUUGAAGGAAGUGGGAAAGGGAAGGGAAAGUCUAAGACUAAUAAGAGGGUGGGUCCACCUAGUGAUGAAGAUUGGGAAAAAGCCAUGACAUUUGUGAUGUUUUUGAAGACCUUCUAUGAUGUUACUUUGAAAAUUUCAGCUUCUUUGCAUCCAACAUCACACUCAACCUUCCAUGACUUGCUUGCCAUAGAUGGGGAGAUUCGGGAGUUACAUGAAGACAUACCUGGAGCCAUCUUCCUUGAGUACACAGCUUCUGUAUUCAUCCAAUCCGUAGUAGCAGCAAUCCUAGCAAGAAUAGGAAUGGCUCAAGACUUCUGCUCAUUCUCAGAAUCUGUUUCAGCUCUCUCUGUUUGA